AAAGAUGCCGUCGAAAAAUAUCAAAAAGUAAAGCGUGAGCUAUCACAUAUUAGUCGACAAAUGUCUAUCCAAGAUGGCAAGCUCGAGGAAGGUGCUGCCGGCGAACAAGUUUUCAAUCUCAAUGACUUCUUGCAAAACAUGUCAGAGGAGAGCGAGCAGGCAGACCACAAACCCAAGAACCUUGGUGUUGUAUGGAAUGAUCUGUCCGUUGAGGGCCUUGGCGCUGAUGCACACACCAUUCCUAAUAAUCUGUUCACUGCUCUCUUUAAAGUCCUUACACCAUGGAAACUCUUUGGAAUUUGCUCGAGUGCCAGCCGUAAGACCAUUUUACAUAAGCUGACUGGUUUUUGCAAGCCUGGCGAAAUGCUUCUUGUUCUCGGUCGCCCCGGUGCAGGCUGCACGACGUUGCUUAUUGUCUUGGCCAACAUGCGGGCAUCCUAUACCAAGGUCGAUGGUCAAGUUACUUAUAGCGGCAUUGAUAACAUUGAGUUUGCCAAACGAUACCGUGGUCAGGUUUCCUACAAUGCUGAAGAAGAUAUGCAUUUUCCCGUGCUGACAGUGAAGCAAACACUCCAGUUUGCGCUGCGUACUAAAACACCUGGGUCGCGUUUACCUGAUGAAACCAAGAAAGAGUUUAUCGGCAAAUCAUCUAUCUCUUCGGUAACAUGCUCGGACUGACCAAACAAAUAAACACCGUGGUGGGCGAUGCGUUUUUACGAGGCUUAUCUGGCGGUGAGUGCAAGCGCUUGUCGAUUGCUGAGGCUAUGACCACACAAAGUGCCAUCAGUUGCUGGGAUUGCUCGACACGUGGUCUUGAUGCUGCUUCGGCCUAUGAUUAUAUCAAGUCACUCCGUGUCAUGUCCGAUGUCGGGCACAAGACAACAAUUGCAAGCUUCUACCAAGCCUCAGACAGUAUCUUUGACUUGUUUGACAAGGUAUUGCUCCUUGACGCUGGCCGAUAUUUAUAUUUUGGACCAGCUUCAGAAGCAAAGUCAUACUUUGAAGGACUCGGCUUCUAUUGUCAGCCACGCAAAUCGACUCCUGAUUUCCUCACCGGCCUAUGUAUUCCAGUGGAGCGUGAAUUCCAGCCUGGCAUGGAGAACAUGGUGCCUCACCACCCUUCCGACUUUGAACGAGCCUAUUACGAGUCUUCCACAUACAAGAGAAUGAUGGCCGACCUUGAGGCGUACCAAGACCGGGUUACUAAGGAAAUUCAGGCCCAGAACUUUAAAAAUGCUGUCACCGAAGAACAACAAAAACGUGCAUUUUCGAAUCAGCCGUAUGUUGCAUCGUUCUAUCAACAAGUCAAGGCCUUAACUAUCCGACAAGCAUUGUUGUUAUUCAAGGACCAUGAAGCACUGAUAUCGCGUUACAGUAGCAUCUUCAUCCUCAGCUUGAUUACCGCAUCAUGUUUUUUUAACCUUCCAUUGGAUGGAACUGGCGCUUUCGGACGAAGUGGAAUGCUCAUGUUCACAGCUUUAACGAACGCUUUUUUGGCCGAAACAGAGCUCAUUAAUUUUAUGAUGGGUCGACCAAUUCUGGAGAAGCACAAACACUUUGCCAUGUAUCGUCCUUCAGCAUUCUAUAUCGCUCAAGUACUCUCAUGGAUAUUCCUUUGGCUAUUGUCCAAGUCGUCUUAUGGAGUAUUUGCUCAUAUUUUCUGGCUGGCCUCAAUCUGACAGCCGGUCGAUUUUUCACACACGUACUCAUUCUUCUGUUCAUCAAUUUGACAAUGAACGGCUUUUUCCGUUUUCUGGGUACCCCUUUUUCCCAUUAUCACACCGCUUCCCAAGUUGCGGGUGCUUUACUUCUUGCGUCAUUAAUGUACAUUGGUUAUAUGAUUCCGUAUGACUCUAUGCCUCCCUGGUUUUUCUGGAUAUUUUGGAUCAAUCCUGUUGCCUAUGAAUACAAGGCUCUCCUAGUUAACGAAAUGUCUGGUCAAAUCUACUCGUGCAAAGGUGCUGGCAACUCUGUUCCUUUUGGCCCAGGCUACACGGAUUGGAAUUACAAAAUGUGCACUAUGGCUGGCGGCCGACCCGGUGAAGACUUCGUUCGAGGCGAUGACUAUCUGCGUACCGAAUUGAGUUACGAGCCCUCUCAUCUAUGGGCGCCAAAUUUCGUUGCUCUCAUUGGGUUCUUUUUGUUGUUCACUUUCCUCGUCGCGGUUGCCCUCGAAUGGUCGAACAAGAGUGGUGACAGUGGCGCUGGAAGUAGUACCAAGCUAUACCUGCCUGAAAAGGCACCUAGACCUCGAAGCGAGCAGGAGGAAGAAGACCGAUUACGAAGCCAACAAGAAAAAACGGACAAAAUGGAUCAUAUUGCAACUGGAGCCACGUUCUCCUGGCAUCAUGUCAAUUACACUGUACCAUUUAAAGGUGGACCUCUUCAGCUUCUCAAUGACGUUUCCGGUAUCAUCAAACCUGGUCAACUUACUGCUCUCAAGGGAUCUUCUGGUGCUGGUAAAACAACACUGCUUGACGUCCUCGCACAACGCAAGACCAUCGGCAAAGUUGACGCUCGUAUCUACCUCGACAACGAAGUCUUGAUGAGUGACUUUGAGCGCAUUACUGCUUACUGUGAGCAAAUGGAUAUCCACAAUCCUUUGGUUACCGUACGUGAAGCCAUAUAACUCUCUGCCUAUCUGCGACAAGACGCCACCGUUUCCAAACAAGAAAAAGAUACUUAUGUUCAAGAAAUUAUCGAGCUGCUGGAAAUGGAAGAUAUUGCAGAUGCCCAGACCGGAUCAGUGGAAGAAGGAUGCGGCAUUCCCGUGGAAGAGCGCUAACGUUUGACGAUUGGCGUGGAACUCGUCAGCAAGCCAAAACUGCUGUUCUUGGACGAGCCUACAUCAGGUCUGGAUGCCCAUAGCUCAUUCAACAUUGUACGAUUUUUGCGCAAGCUUGCUGACGCUGGCUGGCCCGUCUUGUGUACCAUUCAUCAGCCUUCUGCUAUCUUGUUCGAGCAUUUUGAUCAUUUGAUGUUGCUUGUUCGUGGUGGUCGUACUGCAUACUACGGGCCAAUCGGCAAGGAUGCUCGUACUAUGAUUGACUAUUUUGAAACGAACGGCGGCCCCAAAUGUGCACCUCAGGCCAAUCCUGCCGAGUAUAUUCUCGAAGUCGUCGGUGCCGGCACAGCUAAUACGGGUGUCGUUCUCGACUGGCCACAAAUUUGGCACAGCUCUUCUCAAGCGGAAGCACUAGAUCAGGAACUCGAAGCCAUCCAUCAAACCGUCGAUAGACAUUCUUCACGAGAAGCAUUGAUAUAUGCAACAUCGCUGUGGACUCAACUGCGACGUGUAUGUACCCGCAUGUGGGUCAUUUACUGGCGCUCGUGCUCGUACAACUUUGGCCGCUUCAUUUCGAUCAUGAUCACUGCUUUGUUCUGCGGUUUCACAUACUGGAAGCUAUCUUUUUCUGUCACGGAUAUGAGGCCGGGCUUUUGCUUCGAUUAUGAUGGGUGAAACUUUGAUUCUAGCUGGACAACCUAAGCUACUGACCGAAAGAAUAUAUUUUCGUCGUCAAUAUGCGUCUCGAUACCAUGGAUGGUUCCCAUUUGCAAUAUCGAUGGUCCUCGUCGAAAUGUUGUAUGCCUUGGUUUUUAGCGCCUUUUUCAUGUUUGGAUUCUACUGGGCAACUGGCUUUGUCAAUACACCUGAAGCUUGUGGCUACUUCUACGUGAUGCUUGUCUCUUGUGUCAUUUGGGCCAUUACUCUUGGAUUUAUGCUUGCUUUUCUGGGCGAGCACGAAACUUUGGCAGCCGUAUUGAACACGCUUAUCAAUGUCGUUUUGUUCCUUUUUGCUGGGUUAGUGCAGUCACCAGAUGCGAUGCCGGAAUUCUACAGCUCUUGGUUGUACUGGGCGAAUCCAUACCACUAUUACGUCGAAGGCAUACUGGUCAACGAGAUGGAAACUUUGCCGGUUGUAUGUAACGACAAUGACAUGAUCCAGUUCAGUGCUCCUCCUGGUCAAGCCUGUGGCGAUUACAUGGCCAACUUCUUUGCAAUGGGCAGUACUGUACAGGAUAUAUCGCUGAUAGCAAUGCUACAGAUACUUGCAGCUACAGCACAUUUCGAUCAGGAGAAGAAUUUUACACAACAAGUUUGGUUGGAGCGCAUCUCAUAAAUGGCGCAAUGUGGGUAUUAUGCUUGCGUUUGCAGCAUUUAACAUUUUGGCGUUCUUUGCCCUGUGUUUCUGGAAGCGGAAGGCGCGACGA